AUGAUUCCCCUUUUAGCUAUGGCUGUAUCCCUUUUUGUGUUGAUUAUAAUUCCUUCAAUCAUCUUGUACAAAUUAUGUUGGAUUCCUCUUCAUCUUCAACGAUUGAUGGAGUCUCAAGGAAUCAGAGGCCCUCCUUACAGAUUCCUCCAUGGCACCACCAACGAGAUCAUCAAGAUGAAGCACCAAACAAGAGAUGCAGCUACCAAGGACAUAUCUCAUGAUAUAUUUCCAAUAAUUCAGCCUCACUUGUAUUCUUGGAUUAAAUUAUAUGGAAAUAAUUUUCUUCACUGGGAAGGCACUGAACCUGAAAUUGUUGUUUCUCAAAAUACGAACAUUGUUACUGAGCCCGAGUUGAUCAAAGAAAUCCUAAGCAAUAAAGAAGGUACAUAUCCAAAAACCACAUCAAAAGGCUACAUCAAGAAAUUGUUAGGAGAUGGACUUGUUGAGGCAGAAGGUGAAAAAUGGUCUAAGCUUAGGAAAUUGUCCAAUCAUGCUUUCCAUGGAGACUGCUUCAGGUGGCAAGAGAGGGCCAGAGACGAAGUGUUGAGGCUUUUCGAUCAACGAAACCCAAACUCAGAUGGGCUUGCCAGAUUAAAGACUGUUAACAUGAUAUUAUAUGAAACGCUGAGGCUAUACCGCCCUGUCACUAGUAUUCUAAGGAGAAUAGACAGCAGAGUCAAGUUGGGAAAAUACGAGUUUCCUGCAAAUGUGAAGGUGGAAAUCCCUCCUCUAGCCAUCCACCGGAAUCCUGACAUAUGGGGUAGAGACGCUCACCUUUUCAAACUGGAAAGAUUUUCUCAAGGGGUGGCUAAGGCGACCAAUGGCAACCCCACGGCCUUCCUGGGAUUCGGGUAUGGACCACGGACAUGUGUUGGCCUCAUGACUCAACUUUAUUUUACCCAAAUAAUACCCACAAGUGUACGGGGUUAUUGUAGCAAAUAGCAAGAAAGAGUAUAUCGUGUCCCACAAAGAUAAUUAAGUGUA